GAAAAAACCCACAAGCGCAGAUAUAAGGUCAACUAACAGAAACUAACCGCUAUAAAUCUAGACUCGUUGAUACUAUAGACAAUGGCUGUAAUUAGUUUGGUUGGCUGAUGCACGGUCGCACGGACAGGCAAAGAUAGGAUCAUUCAGGAAGAAGUCAUGUGCGGAACAUCUCGUGUAACUUUGCUGCGUCGUAGUUCAAUAUUAUAACUAUUAUUAAAACAUAAUAGGUAUGAAAAAUGUAACGCGUGACUCAUUAUACCAAAGAUUAUAGAUGUAAUUGUCGAGAAUUAGGAUGGGCUUCGUUAGUUAUGGCGAGCAUGGCUUUCAGAAAGCCAAGGCUUAACAGCUCGAGAACCAUCCUCGGGGUUGUAUCGACGCUCUAAUGCAAGACGUUGGAUAGUCGUAUAGCUCAGUUAUCGUACCGUGGCGUUCCCUAGAUAGAUCGCUGGCGAAGCUGGGAGAAAAAGAACGAAAGGGAAAACGAGCGGAGCGCGCCCAAUUUCCUUUGGGCUCGAGAGGUCAGGUCUACGUGACGGGAGGGAGAAGGAAAGUGAGCCAGAACUAAGGAUAGAAAUACGAGGCAUCGAAACACGAAAUGAGUUUUUUGCCUUAAAUUCUUAUAAGGCAAGUCAUAGUCGAUGCAAGCGUGUUAUUUGUAUUCGCCUAAUGUUCAAGUCCUGUUUUCGUUGACAAGAUGGUAUACGGCAGCUAUUCAAGUCAAGCUUAUUGUCCAAGUUCUCUUUUGUCAAGUCAAAGCCACUCUAUCAACAAGAAAGCUAUAUAGCGUUAUGAACAUUUAAAUUGUUAACAAACAAACAAUUGAAAGUCAUUUCGUCUACCUGAAAACUCUCGAAAUUCAGAUUUAGGAGGUCAAAAUACGUUUAGAAAAUUUGGUCGUUUCAAGUUGAAAUUUGACACUGUCGCGACACAAGUUUUAUCAAAAUACCAAAUGACUAAAUUUGUCAGCAAAAACUUUUAAAAAACCGCCACACGAAUUUCGCGAUUAAAUGAAGUUAACCAAUAUAGUGAUACUUGAGUACACUUCAAUCAAAGGGGUUUGCUGUAGCAUGUCUUCUGGAAUUGUGGACAGCACUCAACCGCUAAAUUUUCUCUAACAGACACUCACCAGCCUUAACUGGAACGUUAACCCCUCAUCACAGCUUGUAGCGCCACGAUGCACAAAAACUCUCAAAGUUGGAGUUUAUAUUUUAGGAGAUCUGUAUAGUGGUGAAGAUUGAAUUCCAAACAGAAUCAAUCCAAUUAGUAAUCGAACAUAAGUCUAUUAACCAAUUAAGACUGUUGUCAACGUUGAAGAGAGUCAAGUCAAAUACAACCGCCAAAACUCAACUUGUGAAAAAGGUCACUUUGGUGCCAUCUAGUGCGGAAGAGUCUGGGCUCUGCCUCUGUUAACAGUGUUAACUCCGUAUGCUAGCUACAAAAAUUCUAUGUUGUGUUGCGUUCAACACCUACGUAAUUAUCUUAUUCGUUAUUUGCAGUAAACGCGCAACGCCUACUACAUCAAUUACAAAACGCGUUUUAGAAGUUAAGCACAUUUAGAUAGUGUAAUUUCAAAUUAAUAUAAAGAAUCCGAUAUCGCAUUUCUUUUGUUCAUCCAAAACCGUUUGUUUAUCUCAUUCUUAUAUUAAUUUUUGUACAAUAUUCAUAGAAUGACAGCACAUAUUAUGUGUCUCACCUCAUCAGGAGGUAUUCCACUAUUCGUAAGAAAAAAAGGAGAUGGUGAAUUGUACUUUUACAAUUGUAGAUGACUUUUUCAAAAAUGGCAUCCUUAAAUGGAGUACAUAUGUUUUUGAAAACACAUAAUGUAGAAUUAAUCAAUACAGAUAUGCCAGACACAACAGUUGUUUGGAAAGAGUUCAAAGAAUGUAUUAUAUUGAUAGCCAUUGCAAGUGGAAUCACAAAACAUGUAAUUGAAAAAUUUUUAGAAGUAGUAUUUAACACAAUGAUUUUAAUUGUUGGCCUAAAAGAUCUCGAGCAGCCUAGAAGUGUAGAAAGAUUAAAAAGAGACUUACGAGUUUGUUAUCCUAUUAUUGAUACGCUUUUAGAAUGUUUAGAUGUUGGUGACAGAACUGGAACAAAAACUGAUCUUAUCAACUUAACAGACUGUCUCAUGUGCUCCGAAAAUCAUCUGCUCCAAAUUUGUUUAGAUGGUUAUAUGGAACGGUUGGAUUCAUCGUAUGGGUGUGUACUGAUUCAUGAUUGCAUAGCUGUUGCCACAGAUAGUUGGUGGUCACUAAAUUCUAUUGAAAGAAAAUUAUUAACUUUAGCAAUUACUACAGAAAACAAUGGUACAGCAAGAGAAUUACCAGUAUUUUUACCUUAUAAAAGUCCGAAUUUGGCUUACCGACUUGUGAAUGUAACCUUAGUCAAUAAUGUUCAAGUUUUAGCUUUAUGUGGACCUAAUCCUGAAUUAGCUGAAAUCGAACGAUUAGCAAUACAGUCUUGGAAAAACAGCAUGGAAAUAUUACGAACUUCAGAACAAUGUUAUCCAAGAAAUUUUCCAAUGGCCAUUACAUUGGAUUCUGGCAUUUUAGGAUUCCUCUUAGUUAAUUUCAAAAUUGGUAAGUUUGUUCUUAGUAGGAAUGCUCAGCAAUCAAAAAAUCUCAUAUCUGGAACUCACCGAUUAGACACUUUGAGAACUUUUUAUCAUUAUGCAGUUGAAACAUUUUUAACUUCUGACACAGCUGUCAAAGAAGAAGAAAUUUUUGAAACUAAAACAAUAAAUGCUAAAGAAACAUAUUGGUGUUCAGAAUACCACAAGUGUCACGCAUUUAAAGAAAAUGAUCAUAUUUUUUGUGUUUUGUACACGUCAACUGUGCCUACUCACACUAUGAGACUGAUAACAUUGAAAACUUUGAAAAUACUUUUACAUGACAAACAAGUUUGUUGGUAAAUUAU